AUGGGUGUUCUUAGACUUGGUAUCUGUAUAUCAGGUGUAUACGCUGCAUUUCUACUCUGGGCCAUAGCGCAAGAACGAUUAUCAGCUCCGUUCCCCUCUACAUCCCCUCAUCCGCAUACCUCCCCCGUCGACCACCCUACAAAAGGCGACAAAUUCCCUUCUUCGCUAUUCCUAAAUUACGCUCAGGCAGUAGCAUCGUCCUUAUCCGCCUUAUCUUACUUGCUGUUCAACGGUUGGAGGGCGGGUAAUCUGAAUAAGGGGCUUUCAAAGAUAAUAGGUUUUGAUCUCUUGUUCACUUCGGACAAUAGUGGAAAAGCAGUCGAAAAGAGGACACAGCAAAAUGGUAAUAACAAUGAGAAAGACAAUUCGAAGAUCACUCAGAAUGGACAUGCUUCAUCAGAUAAAAAUACGCGGGUAGGGAAUAAAUCAUGGAGGAAAAGUUUGCCUGCUUUGUUAUUGCAGGUAUCGCUUUUUCAGACUUUAGCUGGACCUAUUGGGUUUUUAGCUUUGCGGCAUAUAUCAUAUCCUACCAUGGUAUUGGGGAAGUCAUGUAAACUUAUCCCAGUACUACUCCUCAACGUCUUACUGUACCGACGUAGAUUCUCGCCUCACAAAUACGUCGUAGUGGCACUUGUCACUGUUGGUAUAAGCUUGUUCAUGCUUUUAGCUGAAGGUGGAAAGAAGAAGAAGGGUGGGAACGAUAGUGCAUGGGGACUUUGGUUAUUGGGUGUAAACCUUGUCAUAGAUGGUUUGACCAAUUCCACUCAAGACCAGCUCUUUUCGACCUAUCCUCAAUUCUCAGGCCAACAAAUGAUGUUUUUCAUGUCAUUCUUCACCCAACUUCUCCUUCUUCCCUUACUACUACUUCCCCUUCCUACUCAUCCCUUAUCGCUCUUAUCUCACUUGCCAUUCCCCUUAUCUCCCUCUCAAUCUACCAUCCCAAUAUCAUUCGCCAAACCCGAAAUACUCAACUGUCUAUCGUUCAUCCUGGCUCAUCCAACCGUCCUAUCGCCCCUACUGGCCUAUGCCCUCUUAGGUGGAUUAGGGCAACUAUUCAUAUUUGAAACUAUCCAGCACUUCGGUAGUUUGACUUUAGUCAUGGUUACAGUCACUCGGAAGUUAUUCACGAUGUUGCUUAGUGUGGUUGUAUUUGAACAUCAGUUAACGAAGGGUCAAUGGGUAGGCGUGGGAGUGGUGUUUGGUGGGAUCGGAGUGGAGGCUGGCAUGAAAAGGCAAGAAAUGCUUAGAAGGGCUAAGAAGGAUAAGUAA